GCUAAGCAGCCGUGGUGAAUCAUCUGCCUCUGAUGAAGCUGGCUCCUCAUGGCCAUGGCCAACCUGACCCACUCCUGGCCUCCCACGUUCUUCCUGCAAGGCAUCCCGGGGCUGGAAGCCUACCACAUGUGGCUCUCUGUGCCAGUGUCCUGCAUCUACGUGGUGAUCAUUGCCGGGAACUGCACCAUCCUCCUGGUGGUGGCCACAGAGCCAGCUCUCCACAGGCCCAUGUGCUACUUCCUCUGCAUGCUGGCAGCUAUUGACUUGGCAGCCUCCACCUCCGCCCUGCCCAAGAUGCUCUGCAUCUUCUGGUUCCAGGGCGGGGAGAUCCAAGCCGUUGCCUGCCUGGCCCAGAUGUUCUUCAUCCAUGCCUUGUGCAUGAUGGAGUCAGCGGUGCUGCUGGGGAUGGCGCUGGACCGCUAUGUGGCCAUCUGCUUCCCGCUCAGGUACAGCUCUUUCUUCUCCAGCUCACUGGUGGCCAAGAUGGCUGUGGCCGGCAUAGUCAGAGGAACGCUGCUGAUGGCACCUUGCCCUUUCCUGAUCCGGAGGCUGUCCUACUGCCGGACCAACGUCAUUCGCCACACGUACUGUGAGCACAUGGCAGUGGUCAAACUGGCCUGUGGGGACACCAGCAUCAACCGCACCUAUGGGCUGAGUGUGGCUCUGAUCGUCAUCGGAGGAGACCUUCUCUGCAUUGGGCUCUCCUACUUCUUCAUCGUCCGUGCGGUGCUCCGUCUCUCUUCCCGCGAGGCGAGGCACAAGGCUUUCGGCACCUGUGGCUCCCACCUCUGCGUCAUCUUGAUCUCCUACAGCCCUGCCCUCUUCUCCUUCUUCACCCAUCGCUUUGGCCACUCCGUGGCCCCCCAUAUCCACAUCCUGCUGGCCAACCUCUACCUCCUCUUCCCUCCCAUGCUCAACCCCAUUGUGUAUGGAGUCAGGACCAAGGAGAUCCGGGAACGGGUCACCAGGGUUUUCCUCCCAGGCAGGGUCAUGGUGAAACUCAGGCUGAGUUGAGACUGAAUCCCUUCCCCCUAAAUGCCAGCCCUACCUGGCUCGAAGGGCCCUGGCAAACUCCAUUUGUAGCUGGUUGGAUUGGACGAUAUCAUCUACCGUUCCUGUACCUCGAAUCAGGUGCCAUGCCCCAAAUAAGUUCUUCUGCAGCUCGGAAUGCAAGGAAGAGGAUUAUUGAUGGCUGCUAGCCAUGAUUGCUAUGCGCUGCCUUGGUUAGAGGCAGUGAUGCUUCUGAAUCCCUGUUGCCUG